GCAAAUUAUACCAAGGUGACAGAAUUUGUUCUCACUGGUCUAUCCCAGACUCGAGAGAUGGAGUUGCAUGAGUUGCAUUUACCCUCCUGCUUAGGGCAACAACAAAUCUACAAAAUGGAUUUCAAGACACUGAACAUCAGGCAAGAGAUGGUAAAACCAAAAACCAAACAAGGUAAAGAGCCACAUCUUACAGGGGCUAAGAUCAAGAUUAAGGGGAGAGCAAGAUCACACAGCAAGAGCAGAGUCUGCAGAUCAUGGAGGGAUUCAACCAUUCUGGAGUGUCUGAAUUUGUAUUACUUGGACUUACUGAUUCUCCUGAGCUCCAGAUUUUUUUCUUUGUAAUGUUUUCUGUUUUCUAUCUAAUAACUAUGUUGGGCAACUGCUUGAUUUUGCUCACAGUCCUAUCCACCCCACACCUUCACUCCCCCAUGUAUUUCUUCCUCAGCAACCUCUCUCUCAUUGACAUGUGCCUGUCCUCCUUUGCCACUCCAAAGAUGAUCAUGGACUUCUUGGCUGAGCAUAAGACCAUCUCCUUUGAGGGCUGCAUUUCUCAGAUCUUCUUUUUGCACCUUUUCACUGGGACUGAGAUUGUGCUGCUGAUCUCCAUGUCUUUUGACAGGUACAUUGCUAUAUGCAAACCUCUCCAUUAUUCAACAAUUAUGAGCCAAAGAGUGUGUGUUGGGCUUGUGGUGUCUUCUUGGACAGUGGGCUUCCUGCAUACAAUGAGCCAGUUAGCUUUUACUCUCUAUUUACCCUUCUGUGGUCCCAAUGUUGUAGAUAGUUUCUUCUGUGACCUUCCUUUGGUCAUCCAGCUGGCUUGUAUAGAUAUCUAUGUUCUUGGAAUCUUCAUGAUCUCAACUAGUGGUGUGAUUGCUCUUGUAAGUUUUCUGCUUUUGCUUACCUCCUACAUCAUUGUUCUUGUUACUAUCAAGGACCACUCCUCCACAGGAUCAUCUAAGGUUUUUUCUACCUGUACUGCACAUUUCCUAGUUGUGUUAAUGUUCUUUGGGCCCUGCAUCUUCAUCUAUGUGUGGCCUUUCACCAACUUCCUGGUGGACAAAGUUCUGUCUGUUUUCUAUACAAUCUUCACCCCCUUUCUGAAUCCACUUAUUUAUACUUUGAGAAACCAGGAAAUGAAGACCGCUGUGAAGAAGAAACUAAGUAACCAAUACUUACAUCUUGGGAAAACUACUCCAAGAUAUCCAGUGCAAUGA